ACUGAAAUGUCAAGGGUAGAUUUACCGCCAACAUACGUUGAAGGUUUUCACAACCUUGAAGCGGUAAAGUUAAUGGAAUAUAAAGUAUUAGGAAAUACUGGUUUAAAAGUAAGCAGAUUAUCACUUGGUGGUGCACCUUUGGGAUGUCAUUAUGGAGAAUUUGACGAAGAAGAAGGCAUUAGAUUAAUUAUAACUGCAAUAAAAAAUGGAAUAAAUUAUAUCGAUACUGCUUAUUAUUAUGGACAAGGCAAAUCUGAAACUAUACUUGGAAAGGCACUUAAAAAAGUUCCUCGUCAAGCUUAUUACAUAGCUACUAAAGUUGGAAGAUAUGGAUUAGACUAUGAACAUAUGUUUGACUUUACGACAGAAAAAACUUGCCAAAGCGUAAAAAAGAGUUUAAAACUCCUUCAACUCACUUACAUCGAUAUCAUUCAAGUCCACGACAUUGAGUUCGCGCCAUCCUUGGACAUCAUCCUAACGCAAACGCUACCGGAGCUGUCGCGUCAAGUGGCUCAAGGACGUGCAAGGCACAUCGGUAUCACUGGCUAUCCCGUUUCCAUUCUUAAAGAGUGCAUUGAGAAAAGCAAUAUUAGAAUCGCCUGCGUACUAAGUUACGCGAGACUUACAUUGAUCGAUGAUACCCUGUCUCAAUACAUUCCAUUUUUCAAGGAACGUAAUGUCGGAAUUAUAAGUGCUGCAGCAUCAUGCAUGGGACUCUUAUCUAGUAGAGAAGUUCCAGUCUGGCAUCCAGCUGACGAUGACGUAAAGAAAAUUUGUAAAGAAGCUGGACAAUACUGCAAAGAUAACAACGUGGAAUUGGCAAAAUUGGCAAUUUGGCACUCUUUACAAUGUACAGAUAUUGAUACACAUUUGGUUGGUAUGCAAAAUUGUCAGGAGUUAAACAUCAAUGUAGAUGUGACUAUCAAUGGAAUAACCGAGAAAGAAAAAGAUCACAUAGAUCAUAUAAAAGAAAAGUAUCUGUCAAGACUUUCAAAUAAACAUUGGGAGGGAGUUGAGCUCGAAAAAUAUUGGAAAGCUGUUAAGCUCUAAUCAAAUCUCGAUCUGAUUCUCAGAUUCUCGAUAAUUGCUUUAUUUAUAUAACAGAUGAAUGCAAUUUAUAGAGCAAUGUAACUAUUAUGAAUAAUUUAAAAAAAAAUAAAAUAAAUUGUUGUAUAAACAUUGAUCUUAUUUUAC